GUUUCCUUGCUAGCCAAGUCAAUUUUUCCUUUAUUUACAAUUUUCACCCCUCUGCUCGCUUCCCUAGGCCACUUUAGCCAUCAACAGUAUUCGACACGAGGCGCACUCAGCUCAGCUUCGUAUCCUAACCUACGGCUUCUGAGCCUCGGGUCUACGUUCAGUCAGCCUUAGACCCACAUUUAUCCUACGUGGCUGACUUCGAUGUAAAGAUGCUUGGCCUCGAACCUCCACCGCCACGCCUAAUUUCCCGCUCAACACUACAAAGACAGAGACAAGGCAAUAGACAGUGGAGAAGGGGGAGUGAGUUUUAUAAAGCUUAAGACGCACAGUUCCGAGUCUCUGCUUGUCUCUGUUUAGACAUGGCGAGGGCUUGGCUUAUCGACAGUCGAACAAUUGCAAGGAAAGUGAGAAAUCCCGCUCGAGCUUCUACUUAUCAAAUCAAAGACUAUGGAGCGAAUUGUGAAUGCCCAAAUUGCCAUCAUUUCAUAGAUAACAGUGAUGUUUCUCAUGAUUGGCCUGGUCUUCCUGCUGGUGUAAAGUUUGAUCCAUCAGAUGCAGAGAUUUUAGAACAUUUAGCUGCUAAAUGUGGUGUUGGAGACUCAAAACCGCAAGCAUUCAUAGAUGAAUUCAUUCCUACAUUGGUUGACGACAAAGGGAUUUGCUAUACCCACCCUGAAAACCUUCCUGGUGCUAAGAAAGAUGGAAGCAGUGUCCAUUUUUUUCACAGAACGAUCAAUGCUUAUGCUACUGGUCAAAGGAAGCGUCGCAAGGUCCACAAUGGGCAAGGUUCAAAUGAGGAUCAUGUCCGCUGGCACAAGACAGGCAAGACUAAAUCUGUGAUGGAAAAUGGAGUACAGAAAGGCUGCAAGAAAAUCAUGGUUCUUUAUAAAAGCGCAAAGAAGGGGUCCAAGCCUGAUAAAUCCAAUUGGGUAAUGCAUCAAUAUCAUCUGGGCACUGAUGAAGAUGAAAAAGACGGUGAAUAUGUGGUUUCCAAAAUUUUCUACCAACAGCCGAAGCAAACUGACAUGAAUGAUGAUGGUCUUACUGUUGAAGAUUCUGAUAUUUUGGCACUUCAUGCUAGUCCAAGGACCCCCAUUACAAAUCCUCCCAAUCCACCACGGCAUAAGAAAUCUGAUACAUUUGAUGAUGCUGCUGAUGAAAUGGUAUUUCAGUUCUCUGUCCGGGAAGAAGACAUUAUUAAAAGAGCACCCGAUGUCCCUGCACCUAGUGUUCAUCCUGAGGAUGAUGUGGGAUGCCAUGCAUGGUUGGCUGGCGAAUCUCAGGCUGUGGAAAACCCUGAUUUUAGUGGCAUCAAUGAUUCUUUGUUGUGCGAAGAAAUUUUCGAUUCUUCUUCGCUUUUCCUUAAUGGUUCAGCACUAAAUAACGUCUCAUACAGUGGCAUUGCUCACAGUACAAAUCAAGUGACUGGAAAUAAUGAUAAUAAUAAGAAUAACAAUAAUGCACCUUGUGGAAUUGCUGACCUCGAGAACCUGGAUCUGGACACUCCACCAGAUUUACAGCUUGCUGAUCUGCAGUUCAGUUCUCAGGAUCUGCAGUUUAGUUCUCAGGAUAGUAUUCUAGGUUGGAUUGAUCGAUUAUGAAGAUAGUAAGAUACAUAAUUGGGCAAAGCCUCCCAGGAAUGACAUGGCUUACCACUUUUUGUGCCGUCCCAGUUUCUGAUUGAAGCUGUCUGGUUUUACCAGCAUUUUCAUCAGCAGCGCAGAGUCGGUUUCAUUGCUUUAUCGGCUUCUCCUGUUUCUGGUUCGUGUAGUGCAUGGAAGUCUACCAAGCUCAAAAUAUGAGUCUUUUUGGGGUUGUUAAAGACUGGUUUAGUUGUGUGUGGUAGAAAUGGCUCAAAUGGUUUUUGUGCUCUGGUCUCUAUCUACUUGUUGUGAAGUGUAUUGAUGUUAUGCUUGCUUGAUGAUGGAUGUUUUCAAGGGACCUGUUGGCCUAGAUAAAUUUGUUGCUUCCAUGGCUGUUGAAGCAGAUGUCAUUCGGUACUCAGAAUUUAAAAACCAUGGAAGCAACAAUUGAAUCUUGGGCAACAUCUCCAAGAUGGUUCUAGCUAGGAUCUAGAUUUCCUUAGUGAAACUUGAAUAUGUUUUUGUGUAAUUGAAGGACAACUUUCAUGCAAUUGUAACUAUGACUUUGCUGGUAUUUUUCAAGUUCUUGAUUUCCUA